AUGGGCGGAUCAGAACAAGCAAGAAGGGCUCUGCUAGUUGAUGAUGAAGAAGACCCUCUUAAAUGUAGCAGGAGUUUGAAUAUUGGUGUUAAUGGUAGCUCUCCUGCCACGUGCUUUCUUGUUUUUAGCACCAUUGUUGCAGCUACGUGUUCUUUCACUUCUGGCUAUUCUCUUGGAUAUUCGUCGCCUGCAGAAUAUGGAGUCUUAGCUGAUUUGAGCCUCUCUAUGGCGGAGUACUCAGUUUUUGGUUCGAUGUUGGCUGUUGGAGGAAUGAUCGGUGCAUUGAUAAAUGGGAAGAUUGCCGAUUUUUUUGGCCGUCGAACCAUGAUGUGGAUCAUCGAUGUCUUCUUCAUCUUAGGGUGGAUUGCAAUAGCCUUCACCAAGGUUUGUUGGUUGCUCGACCUUGGAAGACUGCUGCAAGGAAUCGGAAUUGCUCUUGCUUCUUAUGUGGGGAAUGUCUUUAUUGCAGAAAUAGCUCCCAAGAACCUUAGAGGAGGACUAAUGACAACCAAUGCGUUUAUGAAAAGUUCUGGUGUAGCAAUUGCAUAUCUUAUUGGUUCGGUUGUAAAAUGGCGUGGACUGGCUCUAAUAGGAUGUAUUCCAUGUCUCCUACAGACUCUUUGUGUAUUCUUCAUCCCAGAGUCCCCCAGAUGGCUAGUAAAGAAUGGUCGUGAAAAAGAGUUUGAAGCAGUUUUGCAGCAUCUUAGAGGAACGAAGGUUGACAUUUCUCAAGAAGCAGCUGAGAUAAAAGAAUAUGCAGAAUGUAUUCAGCUUCUCUCCGAAAAUAAAAUUUGGGACUUGUUUCAGAAGAAGUAUGCUGGACCAAUCAUUGUUGCAGCUGGGCUGAUGAUACUAACACAAUUUUCAGGGUUAAGUGGCUAUACAUUUUACUUGACUAAUAUUUUUGUUUUGGCUGAUAUUUCAACUAAAGUUGGAUAUGCAGCUUUGGCCAUCGUAAAGGUUUCUGCAGCUGGAACUUGCUUGGGUUCCUUGCUUACAGGAUUGUCAUUCUUGUUCCAGGACCUUCACUCUUGGAUAUCCGUUUUAGCGCUCACAGGAGUGUCGGUUUACUUCGUUUCUUUCAAUCUAGGCAUUGCAGGAAUACCAUGGAUUAUAACGUCCGAGAUAUUCCCAAUAAAUGUGAAGGGUUCAGCUGGAAGCCUUUGCAAUUUGAUAAAUUGGUCCUGUAGUUGGGUUGUUUCUUACACCUUUAACUUUCUAUUGGAAUGGAGUUCUACAGGAACAUUCAUCAUAUUUGCUGGUGUUUCUGCAUUUGGUUUCUUAUUCAUUGUAAAGCUGGUCCCUGAGACCAAAGGACGGUCACUAGAAGAAAUACAAGCUUCUGUUACUAAUGUUUUGCAUUAG